AUGGUCAAAGCAGUUGCCGUCCUCCGCGGAGACUCCAAGGUCACCGGGACCGUGACCUUCGAGCAAGCCUCCGAGUCCGCUCCCACCACCGUCAGCUGGGACAUCACCGGCCACGACGCCAACGCCGAGCGUGGCUUCCACAUCCAUCAGUUUGGCGACAACACCAACGGAUGCACCAGCGCUGGUCCUCACUAUAACCCAUUCGGCAAGACCCACGGUGCCCCGACGGACUCGGAGCGCCAUGUCGGUGACUUGGGAAACAUCAAGACUGACGCCCAGGGUAACGCCAAGGGCAGCGUCAGCGACAGCUUGAUCAAGUUGAUCGGCGAGCACAGCGUUCUCGGACGAACUGUCGUCACCCACGCUGGCACCGAUGAUCUUGGCCGAGGCGGUUCCGAGGAAAGCAAGAAGACAGGCAACGCCGGUGCUCGACCUGCUUGCGGCGUCAUUGGUAUCGCCGCAUAA